AUGAACCUGGCCGGCAACACUCGCUUCUGCCCCACCGCCCAGACUGUGGCGCAGCUCUCGCGGGCAGCCGUCGCGCAGCUGUCGCGCCGCAACGCGAUCAACAUCACGUGCACGCUGGGCGACAUGACCCAGACCACGAUGAGCCAGUACCUGAGUAACCCCGCGGCCUUCAUGACGUCGAUCCCGCCGGCCCCGCCCAGCAAGGGGCUGACCAGCUCACCGUCUUCUGGUCCCAGGGGCCAAAAAGGCGGCAAGCUCGGGGCCGGCGCGAUCGCGGGCAUUGUGAUUGGCGUCCUGGCCGCCGUGGGCAUCGUCGGGGCGCUCGCGUUUUUCGUCAUCCGCCCCAUCAUCCAGGAGCGGAAGGCGCAGGGGUUCUUCAAGACCCGGGAGCUCGACCUCCCGACUUCUACGUCGAUUAACAACCACAACCAACACGGCGGCGCCGCCGCCGCCCUGGAGACGGGGUGGGGCCGGACGUAUCCCGCCAACGGCGGCUUCCCUGCAAACGGCAACGCGGCGGACCGAGCGAUCUGA